CUGGAGGGGCCAUGUCUCUCAUCCCAUGGUUCCGAUGGAAUGAGCCCCCACCCCGGCUGUCAUCCAGGAGCCCUGCUGAGAUGGUGCUGGAGACGCUCAUGAUGGAGCUGGUGGGGCAGAUGCGAGAGGCUGAGAGGCAGCAACGGGAGCGGAGCAACUCCGUCAGGAAGAUCUGCACUGGUGUGGACUACAGCUGGCUGGCCAGCACACCCCGGUCUACCUAUGACCUCAGCCCAGGGGAGCGGCUGCAACUGGAGGAUGUCUGUGCCAAGAUCCACCCAUCCUACUGUGGGCCUGCCAUCCUCAGGUUCCGACAGCUGCUGGCGGAGCAGGAGCCCGAAGUGCAGGAGGUGUCCGGGCUCUUCCGCUCGGUGCUGCAGGAGGUCCUGGAGAGGAUGAAGCAGGAGGAGGAGGCCCACAAGCUGACGCGCCAGUGGAGCCUGCGACCCCGGGGCAGCCUGGGCACAUUCAAGAGCCGCGCGCGCAUCUCGCCCUUCGCCAGCGACAUCCGGACCAUCUCGGAGGACGUGGAGCGCGACGCGCCGCGGCCGUCCCGCACCUGGAGCAUGCCUGAGUUUCGGGCACCCAAGGCCGACUGACCUCGGCCACGCCCCUGUUCAAAGCCGAGACACCUGCAGGAGGGCAUGAUAGGCCGGUGACCUGGUCGUCGGUCCUGGAACCUCUCCCCCAAACCCUGAUGAAGAGAUCAGAGGCGGCCCUAUCCCAAGAUGCUGCUGUAAAA